UUGUUUUUUAGAAGCUUUUCCUUUCUUCAACGAUGAACUACAAACAGUUCUUAGGAUUUACUUUGAUUUGGGUCUCCAAGUUGCUGUUGUUUACGGAAUGUCAGACAUGCAACUUAACCAUUGAAGAUCCUAAAUGGAAUGACAUGUGGUAUCUUAACAAUCCCAGGACAAAUGGAUAUGACAUGAAUGUAUUACCAGCAUGGACAAGUUGUGUAAACGGUACUGGCGUGACUGUGGGUGUAGUUGACAAUGGCGUUCAGGACCACAUAGACCUUAACAUUAAUAGGACAUUGAAUGCUGGAUAUACAUACACUAGAGAACUAGAGUAUCAACUUCGGUCACGCCAGUCACCAAGGAAUUGGUUCAGAUCUCCUGCUAUACGGAAAAGACAAUAUCAAGAAUCACUUAAACAUGGCACAAGAGUAGCCGGUAUUGUGGCAGCGAAGAAGAAUGAGCAGGGCAUAAUUGGAAUAGCGUUUGGAGCUACACUUGCUGAUGUAAGAAUAGCAUCAACUUCUGUUUUUGAGACAUUCAAUGCGAGUUUACUCACACAUCAAUCUGAUGUAAUCGAUGUAUACAGCUGUAGUUUUGCCAAUUUCCAUACAGGAACGAAAACAUAUGCGUUGCUUCCAAAUCAAGAAAAUGCCUUACGAGAAGGAACAACUAAUGGUAGGGGAGGUCUUGGUUCUGUGUAUGUUUUUGCUACCGGAAAUAGUGGUGGUAAGAAAAAGAACCUUUUCCGUGAUAGCUGUGCUUAUGACAGAUUGGUAACCAAUAGAUACGUGAUUUCUGUGGCAGGUAUUCAGCACAAUCUUAAAAAACUCCCAAACGGGGAAGCUUGUAGUGCUAUGAUGGUUGCAGCUUUUACUACGAAACCAGGUGAAAAGAGGAAACAUAGAGCUAGAGUGAUAACAACAGAUAUUGGAAAUAAAACAACAUUUAAUUUUAACCAAAACUCAGCAGCAGCACCUAUGGUAUCUGGUGCUGUUGCUCUUGCUCUGAGUGCAAAUCCAUCUUUAACUUAUCGGGACAUAAUGCAUCUGCUGGUAAACACGGCAAGAAGUGAUCUCCUACAAAAUAAAACAAAGUUCUUUGAAAAUGCUGCUGGAUUUAACGUAUCAUCAUACUUUGGAUUUGGAUUACUUGAUAUCGGUACGCUAGUCGAAAGAAGUAAAACCUGGGAACUAGUCCCUGACAGACACAGUUGUCAUUCAACAGAAAUUGUUGACAGUCCACUGAAUCGCCGCUCCAAAUAUUUUGCGGUAAAGGUCAAUGGAUGCAAUGUUACUUAUGUAGAACAUAUUGAAGUAUCAUUAAUUGUAAACCAUCAACAUGCAGGGCAGAUACAGUGGAUUCUGGUAUCUCCAUAUGGAACAAAGUCUACAAUCCUUCCCGGUAGAGUUCUCGAUCAGACGACAACAAUGAAAUUAACUGUUUUAACCGUUCAAAUGUGGGGAGAAAAUCCUGAAGGAUACUGGAGAUUAAAACCCAAACCUAUGUUUGGUAAAACUCUGGAUAAAGGCACUGUAAAAUCAGUAGGACUUUUGAUUCAUGGAUAUAGUUGUGGAAAUAACUGUACAGUACAUCCUGCUAAACAAGCUCCAGGAGAUUGGAAAAAAUGGUCCCGAUGGUCAGAGUGUACGGUUUCAUGUGGAAAUGGAACUCAAACCCGAAGUAGACAAUGUAACGACCGCAAUAAUUUCAAAUAUUGCUCAGGCGAAAAUUUUGAGACAGUCCAAUGCGACCAAAGUGAAUGUCAAGUUGAUGGACAAUCUGAAGUUAGAUCUGAUGAAUGUCCAUCGCCAUCUCAUUUAACAGACAGCUGUGUAGAACAGUGUACUAAUGACAGCGAUUGUUCUGUACAAGAGAAAUGUUGUUACAAUGGAUGUGGGCAUACAUGUGAGAUGUCAAGAGCAAAAGUUAUAUCUGACGAAUGUCCAUCACCGUCUUUUUUAAUAAACAAGUGUGUGGAACAGUGUUCUUUUGACAGCGAAUGUUCUGUAAAACAAAAAUGUUGUUACAAUGGAUGUGGGCAUUCAUGUGAGACGUCUACAACAUAUCUAACAUCACAAACAGUCAUAACUACGCCUGAACAAGAUCAAACAACAAAAACAUUCAGAUCUACGUCGGAGCAAGAUCAAACAACACUAACAGUCAAAACUACGUCUGAGCAAGAUCAAACAACACAAACAGUCAGAACUACGCCUGAGCAAGAUCAAACAACACAGACAGUCAGAACUUCACCUGAGCAAGAUCAAACAACACAAAUAGUCAGAACUACGCCUGAGCAAGAUCAAACUACACAAACAAUCAGAGCAAGUUGCACUGAUACGUUUCCUGAUUGCAGUAGGUACGUCAAAAAUGCUGGUGGAUGCAAACCCUAUGUGAAGAAUUAUUGUCAAAAAACAUGCAGACUUUGUAAUUAGUUGAAUUUUGCAAUUAAA